UUCAGAUUUUGUAUAAAUAGCAGUAUAUGAUAUUAGCAGAUUAUUCAAUCUCCACUGUAUCUUUCGUUUUUCCUCCUCUUUGUUUUUAGAAAAAUUUAUGUGCUUUAUCAUAUAAAAAAAAUUUGUUUAUCUUGUAUUAUUAACCUGGAUUGGCAGCGCAGUGAUGGAAAUGAACAACCAUAUAAGCACAGAGAAGUAUGCUGCUGAUAUCUCUUCCAUAAGAGAAGCACAAGUGCGUAUCAAGCCAUUUAUUCACAUAACACCAGUCCUUACCUCGGAAUCUCUGAACACUAUGUCGGGGAGGAAGCUGUUCUUUAAAUGUGAAUCUUUUCAGAAAGUGGGAGCAUUCAAAUUCAGAGGGGCCUGCAAUGCUGUAUUUUCUCUUGAUGAUGAUCAAGCAGCUAAGGGGGUGGCAACACAUAGCAGUGGCAACCAUGCUGCAGCAUUGUCUUUGGCUGCAAAAUUACGUGGGAUCCCAGCUUAUGUAAUUGUACCAAAGAAUGCCCCGAAAUGCAAAAUUGAGAAUGUCAAACGUUACGGUGGUCAGGUUAUAUUGAGCGAGCCGUCAAUGCAGUCGAGGGAAAGUACUGCAGCCAAGGUAUUGGAAGCCACCGGUGCGACUCUUGUUCCUUCAUCUAACCAUGGCCGCGUUAUAAGUGGACAUGGUACCAUAGUAUUGGAGAUUCUGGAGCAAGCCCCUCAAAUAGACACUAUAAUAGUUCCCAUAAGUGGAGGUGGUUUAACAUCGGGGGUGGCAGUGGCUGCUAAGGCUAUAAACCCUUGUAUUCGAGUUUUAGCUGCUGAACCUAGGGGAGCUAAUGAUGCAGCUCUAUCCAAAGCAGCUGGUGAAAUUGUAAGACUGCCUGAAACCAACACUAUUGCUGAUGGGCUCCGAGCUUUUCUUGGAAAUUUGACGUGGCCUAUAGUUCGUGAUCUUGUAGAUGAUGUUAUAGUUGUGGAAGAUGAGGAGAUUGUAGAAGCCAUGAAACUCUGUUUUGGGAUUCUGAAAGUUACGACAGAACCUAGUGGAGCUAUUGGGCUUGCAGCUGUUUUAAGUGACAGUUUCCAAAAAAACCCCAGGUGGAAGGAUUGCCGCAACAUAGCCAUCGUACUUUCAGGAGGUAAUAUGGAUCUUGGUGUAGUCUGGGAUUCAUUCAGAAGCUGAUCUAUUUGGUCCUCGCUUUCCCCUGAAGCUUCUCUACUUAACGAUUAAGGACAAAUGUUUUGAGUAUUAUUUUAUUUUCUCUUUAUCUGUUAUACUUUACUUUGGAUGGAAAUCAUUUUCCAUUUGAUUUCUCAUUUUCCCUCAUCAUGAUUUGGUAUAUUUUAGUAAAAUCAUAUUUCAUUUUCCCUAACA